AUGAAGCCGCACAAGAAGAGCAUCCGCGACUUCUUCUCCUCCGCGCCAAGAACCCCCCAGAGCUCCCAAGACUCGCAGACUGCCCUGCCCCAAGCCAAUGCAACAAACCCUCCCGUCCCCGCCUCCCAGUCGGGCCCCGUCCACACUCCCGCAAACCCCGCCCCGAGCAGGCGCAUAAUUUUCAAUCGGAAAGACGUGGUGCCCAAUUCGGACUCCGAUGACGAUGACGAUUCGCUGCCCGACCUCGACUUCAACCUCCCGCCGCACAAAUCCAAGCCCCUCGCGACCCCGACAGCCCACAUUGCAACCCGAUCUAAGCGCACGUCCGACAAUGACGAGGAUGGACUCAGGAAGCCUACCAAGAAGCUCAAAGACGACAAGCGAAAAUUCAAUUCCCUGGUACGCACGACGCAGAAGAAACUGGAGACGGAGCGCGAGAUCCAGGAGCGCAAAGCUGUCUUGGACGAGGCCGAGCAGGAGCCAGCCACCGCAAAGGUCGCCAUCAACGAAGAAACACUAGGGCAAGUCUUGCAAGACGACGAUGACGGCCCGGAAAAAGCCCAUCGGCUCCUCCAGGCCAUGCAGAGAACAAACGCGACACAGAUGGAGAGUGUCUUUUACUUUUUCAAAGACACGGCAGAUGCAGUCUCGACGCACAGCAAAUUCCCCAUCACUGCCUUUCCUCAACAGCGCUGGGUUUCUGCCUUUCAGAAUGCCAACACCAGACAUCUGGCUUUCAUGACUGGCUUUGCACAGCAAAUCUUCCGCACCCACCAUCUCCCCGAGGAGCUUGCAUCCUGGAUGAUUGACCAAAUCCGCUAUAGUCAGAGCGAGGUGCUGAAUUGCAAGUACCUGGAAAUCUUGGAGGCGCACCACGAGCAUCUGCACACCCUGCUCGAUUCACAACGGUUGGACGCCAUGUUCAGCACAAUAGGUGCCAACCUGACACAGUUUGAAGCGCACACCCAACUUGCGCCCAUAUCUGUGCCAAGAUUCGAAACCAAAACGUUACUUCCCCCAUCAUUGAAGUCAAUCGCUGCACUACUUGCACGAUCUGCGCCAUGGCUGCAUACGGCUGCUCGCAAUCACGCAUUGUACCUGUUGUGUCAUGUAUGCCUGGACACUCGUGUCGCCACAGACUCGGACAUGUUGCGUACGAUUCAAGACGCUGUAGAAGCCCUGAUUUGCCAUUUCGCCGACAACAAUAAGCUCAUCUCGGGCCUGAAUGCAUUCAUACCCCAGCUGCUUACCAAAGUUACGCAUCCCGUGUUGCAGAGGAACCUGAUAUGCGCCCUUCCAGCGACGUCUCCAUUGACUGCGUACCUACAGCGUCACUUGGCUCUUUCAUUCCUCGUCCAUCCUCUGCCAGUCCAGAUAUCGCUGGCUGACCAGAAGGCACAUGACCUUGUACUCGAGCAUGUGGCGGAAUCACCCCAUUUCUUUAUAAACAAGAAUACCGACUACGGCCUUCUUGCCGCACGAUUGGCACUUCUCGACAUCGUUAUCGGACCGGGACUAUUGACCGUCCCGUACCAGCCGCUCUCGAGUUCCACGCCAACGCAGACAGACUCGUGCCCCGUUGAAGUUCCGGUGCCGGCCUCGUCAGAGGUCAAGCACUUUAACCAACAGGUCGAUGCACUUGCACGGCAAAUGAAGCUGCUGGGCAACUCUAUCGUUGAAGCUGGUGCCGUGGUGGACAUCACCAUCCUCGAAACCAAGAACUCGAUAGAGCAAAUGUGUGCACGACUAGAACACGCCUCGCGGAUAGGUGGGAAGAAGAUUGACAACGUUUUCGGCAGCGACGAGGAAGAUGCCCAGCCCCGAGUCGACAGGUUCUUCAAAAGAGCAUUGAAGCCGUCUGCACCCCCGCACGGGAUCUUCAACCAGACGGAAGACGCUGAUAUUGAUUUUGUUGAUCCGACACAGUCUUGACGUGCUGUGGCACUCGGCCUGCCACGGCACCCCCAUGAUGCAAAUGAGCAUCAUGCAAGCAGACUGGCCAGCUGCAACCUCAUGGCCGCAACCCUGAAGCUCGUCGCAUAUACGCAAUCUCCCCUCAUUGAACCCCUCAAUCAGAAGAAAUUCGCACCGUCGUCGGCUCAGC